ACGAAGAAGAGGAAAGAGUGUGGGGUUUGGGGAGGACAAGAAGACCGCCGCACCGCAAGAAGUGACUUCAAACACCGCGCAACAUUCGCUGCAGGAGCGCUGAAAGUCCGACCGCCUCCCGUCGUCAUGCGCCUCGGCUUUUGAAAGCGUCCCGGCUGCUGCUAGUGCUGCCGCUGCUGGGGAGAGGACGAAGCACCUUGCAUCUGCUGAUUUAUUUUGUGGCAGAGUUUUGUGUCCGACCGGCAGAGCAGUGAGCAGGCGGAGAGAAGGAGGAGGAGGAGGAGGAGGAGGUGGAUACUUCUCCAGGUUUCGGGACUGCGCCGCAUUCCAGCCCGGAGCGCAGCGCUCAGGAGUCGGACCCGGUGCGCUCCGUCUCCCCGCUCCCUGUCUUCAAAGAUUCCUGGAUCUUUUCCUGGUUGUUUUCUCGUACAUCGGGACAUCAGUAAUGCACAGUGAGAACUGCCUGAGCUAGAGAGAUAAACACAAACACAUCGCGCGUUUCUCCCUCCUGACUGGAUUUGGAUUUAAUGCCCUUUUUGGCUGCGACCAUGGGUGCAUGGUGGAUAUUUGUUGGCGCUCUGGCCGGGAUCCUCACCGUCCCCCGUGGGAUACAUGGAGCUUGUACCUACGAGGGAUCGCUGUAUGCGAACAACACAUCAUGGAGACCGCAGUCGUGUCAGGAGUGUACCUGCUACAGCGACGUGGCCAUCUGCAGGCCCACCCACUGCCCCAACCCACAGUGUGACUUUCAGAGGGGCGAGCGUUUGAGGAUCCCUGCCAACAAGUGCUGUCCGGACUGCAUCUCCUCGUCCCAGGGCUCCUGCCAGUACGAAGGAGUUGUAUAUGGACAUGACAGCCAGUGGAGUCCUUCACCCUGUUCGGUGUGUGUUUGCUCCAGAGGGAGUGUAUCUUGCAACGUUCGCCCCUGCCCCCCUCUCAGCUGUCCCAGGGACCAGAGCCCGUUCACUCCGGCUGGAGAGUGCUGCCCCAAAUGUGGCCGCAAUGGAGAGUCUUGCUCCUGGCAGGGGACUGUAUACAGAGACGGUGAAGAGUGGAAGCCCAGCCAAUGUUCCAGAUGUGUCUGCAGCAACGGGGACGUCCAGUGUUCAGUUGUAGAGUGUCAGCAAGUGGCCUGCAAACCACAUGAGAACUUGGUGAUCCAGCCAGGCCACUGCUGUCCUCAGUGUGUGUCCAACCCCUGUCUGUCUGCUGGGAAACAGUACCAGCGUGGCGAGCAAUGGCAGAAGAACACCUGCACCACAUGUGUGUGUGACCGGGGUCAGUCCAAAUGCCAUACACACACCUGUCAGCCUGUCACCUGUGAGAAGGGUCAGACCAAAGUGAAGCGUGCUGGUCAGUGCUGUGAUGAAUGCGCCGCUGCCAAGGGAAGCUGCCUGUACGAGGGCGCGGUGCGGUACCACGGGGACAUGUGGAACGGUACAGGCUGUGAGUUCUGCACCUGCAACCGGGGUCAGGUCCUGUGCCAGAGGGCCGAGUGCAGUCGUGUUGAAUGCCCCCAGGGAUCAGAGGUCAUUCAUCCGCCGGGGAAGUGCUGCCCAGAGUGUUCCUCUGUGAAACCCUCCUGUCUGUACAGGGGGGAAUCCUACAAGGACCUGGCUCGAUGGACUGAUAGCAGGUGCCGGGAGUGUGAGUGCCGUGAUGCCCAGGUGACUUGUUAUCUGCGCUCCUGCCCCACCUGCCCGCCGGGCACCCUGGCUGUCACCCAGGAGGGCCGAUGCUGCCCCGAGUGUCGCCACGUCCAGUGCCAUGCAGACUGCCUGUCAUGCUCGGGGACUCCCGACCAAUGUGAGAGCUGCAGGGACCCAAAGGCCUUUCUCCAUCUUGGCCGCUGUCUGUCCAUCUGUCCAGCUGGCUACUACGCAGAAGGACGAGUAUGUGCAGCCUGCCAGUCAUCCUGUGCCACCUGUUCCAGCAGGUGGGACUGCCAGUCCUGUGGCUCCCAGCUGCCCCUGCUCAGCGCUGAUAGCAGCGAGUGCCUGGCUUUCUGUCCUCCUGGUUCCUACCGGCACGACAACACACACUGUCGCAGCUGUCACGAGUCCUGCUCAGAGUGCCGCGGGCCGAGCCAGCAGGAGUGUGUGUCGUGUUCGAACCCGGCUGCCUUGCUCAAAGACGGGGAAUGUGUUCCUGACUGUGGUGCCGGUUUCUACAGUCAAGAAGGCAUUUGCUACGCCUGCGAUUCGUCCUGUGCCUCCUGUUUCCCUGACAACCCCAAGUGCAUGAGCUGUCUGCCGGGGACCGCCUUGCAUCAUGGGAAAUGCAUUUCCCAGUGUCCAGGCCAGCAUUACCUGGACAACCACAGCAGAUGCAGAGCCUGCCACAGCUCCUGCGCUUCCUGCUGGGGUCCCUCUGUAUCCCAGUGUACCUUGUGUCCAGCUGGGCUCCUUCUUCACCAGGGACAGUGUGUGGAGGCCUGCGGGGAGGGACUCUACUCCCAAGACAACACCUGCCACAAUUGCCAUCCCUCCUGUCGGUCCUGUGUGGGACCCUUGGCCUCAGACUGCCUCCGCUGUCUGAAACCAGAGGAAGCCCUCCUGCCAUCGACCAGUCACCUGCAGCACGGAGUCUGCACAGCUGGAUGUCCUGCGCACAGCUUCCUGGAUUACACACAGACAUGCAGAGCAUGUCAUCCCUCCUGCUGGCUCUGCACUGGGCCGUCUGCAGACAACUGUACGUCCUGUCGCCCCCCGUUCAGCCUUCACGAGGGCCGCUGUGUCGACACCAGCCCACAAGGCUUCUUUAUCCAGGACAACGAGUGCCAAGCAUGCCACCCGUCCUGCCAGACCUGCUCUGGUCCCUCCCAGGCCGACUGCACCUCCUGCCCCCUGCUGGCCUCCCUACAGAACGGCUACUGCAGGACGAGCUGCCAAGAGGGGCUUUUCCUCAACGCUGCCACUGGAGAGUGCCUCAAGUGCAGCUCAGACUGUCAGCGCUGCACAGCUGACCUCCAGAUGGGUGUUGGCAGUAUUUGUCUGUGGUGUAAAGUGCCGAGGACCUGGCUGCUGGGCGACCACUGCAUCUCCCACUGUCCCCACGGACACUACGGCUGGCACGGAGCCUGCAUCAAAUGCCAUCCAUCAUGUGAUGCCUGCAGUGGGGCGGGGCCUCUCUCCUGUACCUCCUGCCCCGCCGGCAGCGUUCUGUUGCCCUCUGGGCUCUGUGCUCCCAAAUGUCCCCUCGGUUACUAUGAUAAUGGUCACAGGAUGUGUCAGGCGUGUGACAGCCAGUGCCUGACGUGCGACAUGGCCGGGGUUUGUACAUCCUGCCGUGACCCGGCCAAGGUGCUGCUGUUCGGAGAAUGCCAAUAUGACAGCUGCGCCCAUCAGUACUACCUCAACACCACGACCCGGGCCUGCAGAGAGUGCGACUGGAGCUGCAAUGCCUGUAAAGGCCCUCUGCGGACAGACUGCCUGCUGUGCAUGGAGGGAUACGUGUUGCAGGAUGGAGUGUGCACUGAGGGGUGCUCCCCCGGCUCCUAUCAGGACGGAGACAAAUGUCUCGGCUGUGACGAUCACUGUUUGGAGUGUCGGGGUCCCGGGCAGUGCCAUCAGUGCCAGCCUCCCUACGCCAUGCUGCAGGGUCAGUGUGUGCUGGAAUGUGGCAGAAACUACUUCCUGGACGCCUCCUCCCAAAUCUGCAAACCUUGCUCGUCCGACUGUGUCCUGUGUGACGGGGUCGGACGCUGUAGAGCUUGUCGUGACCAAACCUACCUCAUGGAAGGAUACUGCACGCCUGACUGUGGACACGGAUUCUACGCUGACCAGAAGACCAGGACCUGCCACGUGAACACCCACCCGCCUGCCCUCCAGGUCAAUGGCUCCCUGCUGGUUCCCCUCGGCGGUUUUGCUCCGCUGCCCCUCACCCUGCUGCAGGUGAAGGAUCCCGACAGUUUAUCUGACCGGUUGAUCUUCCAGCUCGUUCAGGGCCCGAGUAACGGACGGCUGGUCCUGUUCAGUGGGGAGGAAGGACAGGAGAGAGGGGGCAGAGGAAAGGCUGGCCGAGACCUGACCAGGGAUGACAUCUUCACCUGGGCGGAGCUGAGAACCGGCCGGGUUCGGUUCAGACACCAAAAAGACAAAGCCAGGACUGGUGAGUUCACCUUGCGUGUGGCCGACCCCCAGCUGUUCUCCCAACCAGGAACGAUUCAAGUUCAAGCCGUGUCAGUGCAGCCUCCGAGGGUCGUGACUCUCGCUCCUCUCCCCGUGGAGGGCCGUGGCGCACUGGCAACCAUAACCAAGUCGGUCCUGCAGGUCGACGACCCCGACAACCCAGCCGAUGUCCUGGUCAUGGUCCUUGAACCGCCCCGCCAUGGUCGGCUGACUCGUGUCCAUGGCGACCGGGCUCUCAGUCGAUUCAAGCUGGAGGAGCUGUCACGAGAGCAGAUCCAGUACAUUCACGACGGCUCAGAGGGGACGGAGGACGGCACAGUGCUGCAAGUCAACGACGGCCACAGCUACAGGAACGUUCUCCUCCAAGUCCACAUCAGUCAGAAGGCUGCUGACUCACCUCUUGUGCUAUCUGUGCCAAUGACCUGGGUAAAGGAAGGUGGCAUGGUGCGACUGGAUAAGAAAUACCUGCAGGCAGACUACAAGGGAGUCAGCUCCGAUGGCAUUGUCUACACCAUCCUCGCCUCAGAUGGAGAACCUAAAUAUGGUGAGGUGGUGCUGGUGUCCAUGCCAGCUGACGGCCCAGUAGAAGGCUGGCGACCCUCGCUAACAGACGACCAAGGUUUCACGCGCACAACUUCCUUCACUCAGCAGGACGUCAACGACGGCACCGUCUGGUAUCGUCACUUUGGCAGCGGCCCCAACAGCGACUCCUUCCGGUUCCAGGCUCUGGAGGAUCGGGUGACAGAGAUAACGCCUUCAGCUCUGUCCUUCAUUGACUCUGAGACUCCCAGCGAGAAGCUCGUUUACAAUAUCACCAAACCUCUACCGCAAGGACAAGGUACGAUCGAGCAUCGGGACAGACCGUACACACACGUGAAACAUUUCACUCAGGCCGACGUCAACGAUGGCAAGCUCAUCUACAGACCACCGCAAGCCCCUUCACACCUCCAGGAGCUCUACCAGUACUCCUUCAUUGGUCUGCCGGAAUCACUGAGCGUCUAUUUCACAGUGUCAGACGGUGAACACACCACUCCUGAGCUGGACUUUGCCGUCCUGCUGCUGUCCAACCAUCAGCAGCCGCCGGUGUUUCAGGUUCUGGACCCCCUGCUGGAGGUCAGCCUGGGAGGACAGGCCACCAUAGGCGGUCAGCAGCUGGCAGUGAGCGACGCUGACACAGCUCCAGAUGAGCUGGAGUUUGAGCUGGUGGAGGCUCCCGUCCAUGGAGAGCUGAUUAAGACCGAUGGAAGCACACACACCAGCAUGACCAAUGGUGACACCUUCACCUUCAGCGACAUCACACGCAACGUUCUGCUCUACCGACACGCCGGCCUCAACACCCAGGACGACGGCAUCACCUUCUCCGUUAGCGACGGCAUCUCCAUGGCGACCACAGUGGUGCAGGUGGCAGUGCUGGGCGCCGGGGGCGACGGGCCGCAACGGGACCCAGCAGCCACUCUGUCACUGGAAGUGGGCGAGAAGAGCAGCACUGUGAUCAGGCGCUCGCACCUGGCUUACACUGACGACACGUCCCCAGACGACCAGAUUCAGAUCCAGUUGGUGUCUGUGCCGAUGUACGGCAUCCUGACCCGGAGCCAGUCCCAGCAGGAGCACCAGGAGCUGAGAGAGUACUCCUCCUUCUCCAUGGAGGACAUCAACAAGCACAGGAUCAGGUACAUCACUUCCUUAGAGACGGGCAGCCAGCCGGUCACAGACAUCUUCCACUUUGUUGUGUAUGACGGAGACAACAAUCGCCUUGACAACCAGAUGUGCACCAUCACCAUCACCUCCACGCCCAGACAGCCGCCGGUGGUCACAGUCCGCAGCGGCAUCAAGGUCCAGGAAGGCGGCCGAGUGCAGCUAUCUACUAAUCACAUCAUCGUGUCAGACCUGGACACGCCCAGGAAGGACCUGCUGAUUUGGCUUGUCAGUCCUCCAAAGUACGGCUUCAUUGAAAACACCAACAGAGGAGGCUCAGUUGGCGGCUCGCGGGUCAUCACCCCUGAAGUGCCUUUCUCCGUGGAGGACCUGACAUCUGACCACAUCUUCUACGUCCAGGACAGCCAGCAGAAAGCUCAGGCCAAACAGGACGUCUUCAGCUUCUACAUCAGUGACGGACACAGCCAGACAGAGGCUUUCAACAUCGAAAUUGAUAUCCAGGAGAGUAAAGAGGACAGAGAGCCUGUGGUGGCCGUCAGCAGCAUCCACGUGGAGGAAAACUCUGGAGUCGUAAUCACCAACUCGUCUAUCAGUGUCCACGACCAGGACACACCGGAGAAUGAGAUCCUCUUUACCAUCAUCAGGAAGCCUUCCUAUGGCAAACUCCGCAGACGGCAGUUUUACUCUCAACCGCUGGAGAACGGCCGGGUCCUCACGCAGGGCUCUACCUUCACCUACCAGGAUGUCCUGGACCGGCUGCUGGUCUACACGCCUGAAAUCGUGAGCGGGGGCGCAGAUGAGAUGGGUUUCACCCUCACUGAUGGCAUCCAUACGUACACGGGCCGCCUGGAGUUCACCAUGGACGUCAGGAGGAGCGAAGGACCUCGAAUGACCGUCAACAGAGGCCUGCAGCUCCCAGCAGGAUCUUCGUCUAAGAUCACAGAGCAGAAUCUGAAGGGUACGGACAUCGACUCAGACAUCCUGAAGCUCAGGUACGUCCUGACCAAAGACCCUCCAACCGGCAAACUGCAGCUCAGCAAGAGCGGACGUGUGGAGAAGAUUUCUGUUAAAGGUCCCGUUCAGAGCUUCACUCAGGAGGACGUCAACAAAGGCCUGCUGCAGUACAGCCAUGACAAAGGGGAGAAGGGAGGCAGCCUGUCUUUCAAGUUCAACCUGGUCGAUCCGGAGGGGAACAAACUGAUCGACCAGUCCUUCUUCAUCAGUGUGCUUGAGGACCGUCUUCCUCCGUCCGUGGUGGUGAACAAGGGCCUGGUGCUGGAUGAGAACACGAUGAAGAAGCUGACCACGCUGCAGCUGUCUGCCAGCGACCAGGACAGCGAGCCGAGCGAGCUCAUCUUCCGCAUCACCAAACAGACGAGCCUGGGUCACCUGGAGCACGCCGCCAGCCCAGGCACCAGAAUCAGCACAUUCACCCAGGCAGAUCUGGCAUCUCGCAGUAUCCAGUACGUCCACACCAGUGAAGAAGAGAAGCAUGCUGAUCAGUUCUCCUUCACUGUGUCUGACGGGACAAAUGAGGUUGCCCAGACGUUCUACAUCACCAUCAAGCCAGUGGACGACUCCCUGCCUCUGCUCCAGGUCCCUGGCAUGAGGGUCCAGGAAGGAGUAAGGAAGACCAUCACAGAGUUUGAGCUGAAAGCCACUGAUGCAGACACGGAGGCGGAGUCCAUUGUCUUCACCGUGGUCCAGGCUCCUCGUCACGGCACCAUCGAGCGCACGAGCAACGGCCAACACUACCGGCAGACCAGCAGCUUCACCAUGGACGACAUCUAUCAGAACCGCAUCAGCUACAACCACGACGGCUCCAACUCGCUCAAGGACCGCUUCACCUUCAGUGUGGCCGAUGGCACCAACCUGCUCUUCAUGGUGGAGGAGGGCGGCAAGGAGAUCGUGACAGCUGCUCCACAGAAGUUCAAGAUUGACAUUUUGCCAGUUGAUGAUGGCACGCCGCGUAUUGUCACCAACCUGGGCCUGCAGUGGCUGGAGUACAUGGACAACAAGGCCACUAACCUGAUCUCCAAGAAGGAGCUGCUGACGAUGGAUCCAGACACGGACGACGGACAGCUGGUUUAUGAAAUCACCACGGAGCCAAAGCACGGCUUCCUGGAGAGCAAGCUGAAACCUGGCAGCCCCAUCACCACCUUCACACAAGGUGAUAUCAACCUGGGUCUGAUCCGCUACGUGCUGCAUCAGGAGAACGUUCAGGAAACCAUGGACAACUUCAAGUUCCUGGUCAAAGACAGCAAACCAAAUGUGGUCAGCGACAACGUCUUCCACAUCCAGUGGUCACUCAUCAGCUUCGAGCACAAAAGCUACAAUGUGAGUGAGAAGGCUGGCACGGUGGCAGUGACGGUGAAGCGGACAGGUAACCUCAACCAGUACGCCAUCGUGCUCUGCCGCACUGAACAGGGCAGUGCCAGCCCCACCAGCAGCGCAGGAUCCCGUCCAGGCCAGCAGGACUAUGUGGAAUAUGCUGGACAGGUACAGUUUGAUGAGCGCGAGGACACCAAGGUGUGCACCAUAGUCAUUAACGAUGACAAGGUGUUUGAGGGAACAGAGAGUUUCCAUGUGGAGCUGAGCAUGCCUGUGUAUGCGCUGCUGGGUGGAAACACGCGCGCCAUUGUCAACAUCAACGACACCGAGGACGAACCGACUCUGCAGUUUGAUAAGAAGACAUACCACGUCAACGAGAGCUCCGGCUUCAUCCACGCACCCAUCGAGAGAAAAGGUGACACCUCCAGCACCGUGUCUGCUCUCUGCUACACCAUCGCCAAGACGGCUCAGGGCAGCAGCCUCCACGCUCUGGAGUCCCGCUCCGACUACAAGAGCCGCGGCAUGACCAACGACAACCGCGUCAUCUUCGGCCCCGGGGUCAGCAUGUCCACGUGCGACGUCAAGCUCAUCGACGACAGCGAGUACGAGCUGUCUGAGGAGUUCGAGCUGGUGCUGUCAGACGCCUCGGACAACGCCCGCAUGGGGGACGUGAUGACAGCCAAGGUCGUCAUCGAUGGACCGAACGAUGCAUCGACUGUUACUCUCGGAAACGCCACCUUUACUUUCAGUGAAGAUGCUGGCACAAUUGAAAUCCCGGUGUUGCGCCACGGCAGUGACUUGUCCUCUUUGACCUCUGUGUGGUGCGCCACCCGACCUUCAGACCCCCCCUCUGCCAGCCCAGGGGUGGACUACAUCCCCAGCUCCAAGAAGGUGGAGUUCAAACCUGGAAGAACUGAGGAGACCUGCAGUUUGACCAUCAUGGACGACAUCCAGAAUCCAUCCAUCGAAGGAUCUGAGUCGUUUGUGGUGUUCCUCAGUUCUCCUCAGGGUGCUGUCCUCCAGGAGCCCUACGAAGCCAACGUCGUCAUCACUGACACCUUCCAGGACAUUCCCAGCAUGCAGUUUGAGAAGAGCGCCUACACUGUGAAGGAGAAAGACAGCGUUCUUCACAUCCCCAUCAUCCGUACGGGUGACCUGUCCUUCAAGUCAUCGGUGCGGUGUUUCACUCGCACCAUGUCAGCCAUGGUGAUGGACGACUUUGAGGAGAGGAGGAACGCUGACGAGUCUCGAAUCACUUUCCUCAAAGGAGAGAAGGUAAAAAACUGCACCGUUCACAUCAAUGAUGACUCUGUUUUUGAGCCAGAGGAGGAGUUCCAGGUGCAUCUUGGGACACCGCUGGGUGACCACUGGAGUGGUGCCAUGGUGGGCGCCAGCGACAUUGUCACCAUCACCAUCACCAAUGACGAAGAUGCUCCCACCAUCGAGUUUGAGCAGGCGUCCUAUCAAGUCAGAGAGCCUCCUGGUCCCGAUGGCAUCGAGGUGCUCAACAUCAAGGUGAUCCGUCGAGGGGAUCUGGACCGAACCUCCAAGAUCCGCUGCAGCACCCGGGAUGGAUCGGCCCAGUCUGGAGUCGACUACAAUCCCAAGAGCCGAGUGCUUAAAUUCACCCCUGGGAUGGACCACAUCCUGUUCAAGGUGGAGAUUCUGUCCAACGAGGACAGGGAGUGGCACGAGUCCUUCUCAUUGGUCCUCGGCCCUGACGACCCUGUGGAGGCGGUGCUCGGGGAGAUCACCAUGGCAACGGUGACCAUUCUGGACCAGGAGGCCUCGGGCAGCCUCAUCCUCCCUGCCACGCCUAUUGUGGUCUCUCUCGCCGACUACGAUCAUGUCCAGGAGGUGACCAAAGAAGGCAGCAAGAAGACGCCCUCUCCAGGUUACCCUCUGGUGUGCGUCACCCCCUGCGACCCUCACUACCCCAAGUAUUCGGUGAUGAAGGAGCGCUGCGAGGAGGCCGGCAUCAACCAGACACAAGUUCACUUCUCCUGGGAGGUGGCGGCACCCACUGACACCAGCGGCGCCCGGUCCCCCUUCGAGACAGUUACAGACACAACCCCGUACACCAGCGUCAACCAUAUGGUCCUGGACAGUAUUUAUUUCAGCCGCCGCUUCCACAUUCGCUGCGUUGCUCAGGCCAGAGAUAAGGCGGGUCACCUUGGAACACCGCUGAGGAGCAACAUCGUCACCAUCGGCACAGACAGCUCCAUCUGCCACACGCCUGUUACCACGGGAACCGCCAGGGGCUUCCAGGCUCAGUCCUUCAUCGCCACGCUCAAGUACCUGGAUGUCAAGCACAAGGAGCACCCCAACCGUAUCCAUAUCUCAGUGCAGAUCCCCCAUCAGGACGGCAUGCUGCCACUGGUGUCCACCAUGCCGCUGCACAACCUGCACUUCCUGCUGUCAGAGUCCAUCUACAGGCAGCAGCACGUCUGCUCCAACCUUGUUACCCUCAAAGACCUGCAGGGUGUCUCCGAGACAGGCUUCCUGGAUGACAUUUCUUAUGACAGCAUCUCUCUGGGGCCGGGAUACGACCGCCCGUACCAGUUCAACCCCAACGUCCGGGAGGCCAAGAGCAUCCAGCUGUACAAGCACCUCAACCUCAAGAGCUGCAUCUGGACCUUUGACGCCUACUAUGACAUGACGGAGCUCAUUGACGUCUGCGGGGGCUCUGUUACAGCUGAUUUCCAGGUUCGGGACUCGGCUCAGUCCUUCCUGACAGUGCAGGUUCCUCUCUACGUGUCCUACAUCUACGUGACGGCACCAAGAGGCUGGGCCUCUCUGGAGCAUCACACUGAGAUGGAGUUCUCCUUCUUCUAUGACACCGUGCUGUGGAGGACAGGUAUCCAGACCGACAGCGUCCUCUCAGCCAGACUGCAGAUCAUCAGGAUCUACAUCAGAGAGGACGGACGACUGGUGAUUGAGUUCAAAACCCACGCCAAAUUCAGAGGUCAGUUUGUCCUCGAACACCACACUCUGCCGGGCCACAAGUCCCACCUGAUGGCUCCCGACCACCUCGGAGGCAUCGAGUUCGACAUUCAGCUGCUGUGGAGCGCUCAGACCUUUGACUCCCCGUACCAGCUGUGGAGAGCCACCAGCUCUUACAGCAGGAAGGACUAUUCUGGAGAGUACACCGUCUUCUUGGUCCCCUGCACCGUCCAGCCCACUCAGCCCUGGAUCGACCCCGGGGACAAACCUCUGUCCUGCACGGCUCACGCUCCAGAGAAGUUUCUGGUGCCGAUCGCCUUCCAGCAGACCAACCGGCCCGUUCCUGUGGUUUACUCCCUCAACACGGAGUUCCAGCUGUGUAACAACGAGAAGGUGUUCAUGAUGGACCCUGCCACCGCUGACGUCUCUAUGGCUGAGAUGGACUACAAGGGAGCGUUCUCCAUGGGUCAGACUCUGUACGGCAGGGUGCUGUGGAACCCUGAGCAGAACUUGAACGCAGCCUACAAACUGCAGUUGGAGAAGGUGUACCUCUGUACUGGCAGGGACGGAUACGUUCCCUUCUUUGACCCAACGGGGACACUGUACAACGAGGGGCCGCAGUACGGCUGCAUCCAGCCCAACAAGAACCUCAAACACCGCUUCUUACUGCUGGAUCGUAAACAGCCCGACGUUUGUGACAACUUUUUCCACGACGUUCCCUUCGAGGCUCACUUUGCCUCAGACAUCCCCGAGCUGCAGUCCAUGACCGCCAUGCCGGGCGUCGAUGGCUUUACAAUGAAGGUCGACGCUCUCUAUAAGGUGGAGGCAGGGCACCAGUGGUACUUGCAGGUGAUUUAUGUGAUCAGCCCAGAGUCACGCUCCAGCCCCAGGAUCCAGCGCUCGGUCACCUAUCAGCUGAGCCGUCCUAAACGUGACCUGGUGGAUCGCAGCGGGCGUCUGACGCUGGAUGAGUCCCUGAUCUACGACAACGAGGGUGACCAGGUGAAGAACGGCACCAACAUGAAGUCGCUCCGCCUGGAGGCCGGGCCCUCCGCCUCCUUCAACGCCCACGUGGGCAGCUCAGUGGGCGGGGGCGUGGCCGCCGUCACCCUGCUGGUCCUAGUCCUACUGGCCGCCUGCUUCCUCUUCCGCCGCUGCCGACGGUCGGCCAAGAAGAAGAGCAAGAAGGCUCAGAAAUCGUAUGAAGAGUAUCCGCUCAACACCAAGGUGGAGGUGUGCAUGGAUAAAUGUGUGGAGAAGAACUUCAGCACCAAACACUGCACCGUGAGAAACAUCAACAUCCUCAACCGCAACCAGGAGCCCAACAGCAAGGCCAAGGUCAAACAGGUCAACCUGGAGGUCAAACUCCACAACAACCUCAACGACGGCACUGAGGUCUGAAACACUGACGAGGAAGAGGAGAGGAGAGGAAGAGGAGGAAGUGAAAUUUUAAAAGAAAAGGUAUUUUCUAAAAGAGAGUUUGUACUUAAGGAACGAGAUGUUUGUUAAUGUAUUUUUGUACCACUUGGAAAAAGGGAAGAGUGUGACGUGCAGACAGCGACGCAGCAUUUUAAUCAUUUUGCAACUGGGCUACCUCAGGAAUCCACAAACCACUCAGCUGCAUCAAACAGCCAAAACACCUGCAGCCGAUCAUCCAAACCGUCAUUAAUUUCAUCACUGUUUUACUUGACAUUUACGUCCUCUUUAGCAUCAAAAUGGUGACCGGUAGCUCAGACACUGGUGAUUGUUUCUACAAAAACACUUCUCUGCUGUAUCGAGUCAUUUCACUGCUACUAAAUGUCACUACUGUGGAGUGGUGGUCGGUGUACAAGUCCUCCUGUAUCUGCAUUUAUCCUUCAGUUAUCAGAUAUAUUAACUCUAAAUUGAAUUGAUUUAACAGAAUAAAACUUUUCCCGUGGAGCGACUUCUACAUCAGCUGCUUCUGGCUGCUGUGAAAGUAUUAAGCACAAACAGUGUGCUGCUAGCGCCCGAGGCCGAAUGAGUGCAGAGUGUAAAUAAUAACAAAAAUGAAUGAUACCUAUUCAAGUGCAAUUAUGCCAUAACUUUUGUUAAUCCUUCCCUCAUGAGCAGGAACUUUGUUUGCAUUUUUUUUUAAAAACCGUGUGUAUCAAGCCUUACUUAGAGACAUUUGUACUGUCACGUUGAACAGACAGAUAAUUCUUCUUGUUACAACACAGAUUCUUAUUUUUGUUGUCUGUACUGUACUCUGAUAGCUGCCAAUAUUAAGUGCCAUGCAGUAUUUUCUCAUGAAUUUCAAAACAAAUCAUCCAAAGUGUUUUUUCUUUUCCAAGAGUGAGAAAGUGGAGCUUUCCAUGUGAUUGUAACAAAUCAGACGCCGCCGUUUUGGAUAACAGAGGUUUCGAUCCCGUCCACAUGACUGAGUGCUUUAGCCUUACUACUGUCCUAAUGGAAAUAAUCACUUUUUAAAAAUGAUGUAUUUUAUAAGAGAUGUGUGUCUACCUGCCUUCGUUCCGCCCAAAGACACAAAAUCCCUCCUUUAUUUUUUAAAUGUUUUUUCUUCUCUCAUCUAUGUAUUAUCAUGUAUUAUCUUUUUGUUACGCUCAGCUACUGAUGUACCCAUGAUGUUAAAGGAAAUGUUUGUAAGUGUAUGACACUGGUUGGAGAGCACUGCAAAAAGAAAAAAACUCAUGUCUUCUCAUGUGAGAUGUCGACAUGUUGUCUUUCUCUCCAUUCGUCUCUCCCUGAUUCCGCCUCCUGUCUUCUUUCAACUGUGUGCCUAUCGAAACAACACGGGAACAGGAAAUUAUGGGAAAUAACAAUAUAUUUUUGGUGCUAUCAUUUUGUGGAAAAUAACUACGAUGCUAUCAACAUGAUGCCUGUAUUUGGUGCCUUUUUUAGUAAUAAAAAAAUGUUGAAACUUA